AUGUCUGUCGUCAUUAGCCACUUCCACAACGACCACAUUGCUGGGACAGAAGUAUUUGCGAAGGGCGGCGCCACUAUCGUGGGCAACGACGUGACAGCGCAGACAGUGGAGAGUAGAGCGCAAAGUCUUGCUGCCGACGACCCUCCUAUUCAUGCAGUACCUCCAACCAAUAUUUAUACUGGCAUGAAGGCUAUGCAGGUUGGAAACAUGAGUGUUGAGAUUCACAAUUUUCAGAUUCACACUCCUGAUGGAACAGUGUUGUGGAUUCCAUCAAAGCAGCUGUUGUUCGCUGGCGAUACUGUUGAAGAUACAGCAACCUUCAUCUCUGAUGCCAAGAGUCUGCCCACGCAUCAAAAAGAGCUUCAGCGCAUGGCGAGCUUUCCAAUCUCAAAGAUACUACCGGCUCAUGGUGAACCUAAUCGAAUUGCUACCGGUGGUUACAACGCAACAUUUAUUGACGCCACAUUGCGAUAUAUCGAUGCUAUGAUAGAGGAUGUGCCCUACCCAGCCGCUUGGACGCAGCCUCUUUCUCAAGUUGUUGCUGCUGAUGUGGCCAGUGGCGACCUGAUUUACUUCAGUCAGUAUGAGGAGGUACAUAAGAGCAACGUGGACUCUAUUCAGAGAGCCCGUGGAAAAGUCGACAGCUGA